UAGUACCUGUAGUAGCUUAUGUUUGUGUGUUAUGAACAUAUAUGUUCUAUUGAUAUUUUCUAUGUUAACUAUAGUUUAAAUUAUAGUUUACAAAGAAAAUUUGUUGGCAGUGAGGGGAUGAAUAGGGUGCAAUCAAUAGGUGUCUAUUUAUUGAUCGUUAGAGCCUCUGGUAAUAGAACAAAUGGUAGAACGCUCUAUUGAUCUUUGCAACAGGUUAAUCACAAAUCUUUGUGUAGUAUCCAUGGAGACACCAAGCAAGACCCAGCACUCACAUUUGCAGGGUCAGUGGUCAUAUUAAGUUGUUGCAGUUAAAACCUGUUGAAGAACUAUUAAAGCUUAAACCUGGAAUAUAUAUAUAAAAGCAGGAAUUUACUUUUUACUUUGCUUAUGUUUGGAGAGGACUAAAAGUGUUAAAAGAUAGACAUGGAAGAUUACGUUGAUCCAGAAGUAGAGAAAGCAGAGUUGUUAAAACUCUUACAGUCAUACAUAGGUGAAGCAGAAGACCACAUGCGAAAGAAAGAAUAUAAAAGAGCUGUAGGGGGCUACAAUUUGGCUCUGGAGCUUGAACCGACAGACAAGAACUGUUUAGUGGCAAGAUCCAAGUGUCACCUCCAGUUAGGCAAUGCAGCAGCAGCCCUCAGAGAUGCCGAAGCCUCUCUUAAUGAAGAUAAAGAUUACCAUAAGGGUUUGUAUCAGAAAGCAGAGGCGCUCUACCAGACCGGCGACUUUGAAAUGGCCCUUGUUUUCUACCAUCGUGGUAAUAAGUUACGUCCAGAGCUACAAGAGUUUCGACUUGGGAUUCAGAAGGCACAAGAAGCUAUAGACAACUCAGUUGGUAGUCCCUCAAAGGUGAAAUUGGAAAACAAGGGUGAUUUAUCAUUCUUCAGUAAACAAGAUGAGAUGAAAACAAAGAAACAACAUCGAAUGGGCUACACCAAACCAGGUACCAAACAGAUGGACAACAAACAGAAUCGUCGACCUGCCCGAGCGGAACCAACUGAAAAGGAGAAGGAAAUUACAAGACAGCUGUUGGGUGAUCUCUACAAGGACAGACUUUACCUGGAUAAAUUACUCAAAGAUGGAGAUUUGACCCGACCUAGCACAGAAAGUGGUAAUCAGAUUUACGAUUUGGUGGUGCAAGGCUUGCAGUAUCUGGACACAAGGACGGAAUUUUGGCGUCAACAGAAACCCAUGUACGCCCGCAAGAGGGACAAGGCUGAAGGAAGGCGGAAUAAGAACAAGUUACCAACAGAUCCGGCAAAAUUCAUCCUCAAAAACCUGGAAGAAAUUGACAACUCCUUGGCCAAGAACAAACCCAAAGAUGCCCUGAGUCAGUCCAAACGUGUCCUGAGGACAGUUGAAGGCUGGAAGGAAUCUGAUGUACCAGAUAAAGACGAUUACCUCGCUAAUUUACAUAGCUGCAUUGGUAAUGCACAAUUGGAUCUUGGCAACAUGGAAUCUGCAUUAAAACAUCAUAACAUUGAUUAUGAUUUAUGCAAAUCAAGUGGUAGCGAGGAUGGACGAUCAAGAGCAUUGGAUAACCUAGGCAGAGUGCAUGCUCGUAUCGGUCAGUUCAAGGAAGCAGUCAAGUACUGGAAGGAGAAGUUACCGGUGGUGAAGUCUGCGUUAGAGGCAACAUGGCUGUACCAUGAGAUCGGUCGCUGCCACUUGGAAUUAGGAGAAUUCUUGGAAGCGCAUGACUUUGGCGAGAAGAGCUUGAAGGCAGCACAAGAAGCAGGAGAUGAUGUCUGGCAGCUAAAUGCUAGUGUCCUUAUUGCGCAAUCUGAAGUAAAACUUGGUGAUUUGCACGAAGCCAUUGAGUCCUUUGAGCGGUCACUUGAAAUGGCGAAGGUCCAGGGUGAUUUCCCAGCACAACAGGCAAUCUCCAAAGCACUGGAAGAUCUCAAUGAAAAGAUAGUUAAAGGAUUGAAAGGAGAUGAUGAGGAGGAGGAGGAGGAAGAAAAUGAGGAAAAAAAGAAUGAUGAUGAGAAUAAAAGUGAUGAGGAGAAAGAGGAAAAAGAUGACAAAGAAAAGGGUGAAAAAAAUAAAGAUGAUGAAAAGGAGGAUGAUGAAAGGAAGGAAGACAAACAUGAAGACUCUUCAUCAGAUGAAAGCCACAAGUCAGAUGACAGCAAAAAGUCAGAUGACAGCAAAAAGUCUAAUGACAGCAAAAAGUCAGAUGACAGCAAAAAGUCAGAUCACAGUAGGAAGUCUAAUCGUUCUGGUGGUAAAAAGUCGUCUGAUGAAACAUAGUAAAAGUCAAAUAAUUAAAAGAUGUAGUUUUAUGUCAAAAAUUAAAUAUAAAUCUUAAUACAUUUGCUUAACCUUGACGACAUUGCUGAGACUGAACCAUUUUUGUUAUUACAGGCUGUCAACUUGGAUAUCACCUCAACUGUUUAUAGUUUAAUCUUCAUAAUUAUAUUAUUAUUUUUUAAUCUGAAUAGUUAAAUGUAAAAUAAAAUAUCAUUGCUCAGAAUUUCUAACUUCUGUUAUGUAUUACGUAAUGUCUGCCAUUUGUUGUUUCUUUCACUGUAGAUACCUUAUUUAUUUGAAUAAACACCCUGCCUUGAAUAAA